AGUGCAAGCCGGGCUGUCUGCCCGUAAACAUUGCUACGUUGUCUUUUAAAAAAAAAAUAUAUACAGACAUCAUAGUAUACUAUAUGUAUUUCGCGAUAACAAAAAUUUCAAAUGUGUUGAUAUGAAAAAAAAAAAAAAAAUGUAAACAAUGAUAAAAAAAAUUUUUAUAAAUUAGAAAUUUGUUUUUUUUUUUUUAAAUUAAUUGUUUUAACAAAAAAAGCUAAAUGGUUUUAUUAAUAAUAAAAUUUAUUAAAAAAUUAAUUUUAAUAUUGAACUGAGUUUGUGAAAUUUAUUUUUUUGCUUUUAUUAAUUUUAUUUUUAAAUUAUUUUUAAUAAUUAUAUUUUGUGCAAUGAAGAUCGGACAACUAUUUUCAACCGGCAAGAAAAAGUAACAGAUUUUAAAGUGAUACACACAAAUGCUGAGGAAUUUCAAGUCGAAUAAUAAUAAAUUUGUGAUGAAUUUAAUGAGCUGAAUAUUGGUAUUUUAUCCAAAAUGUGAAACUGAUAAAAUUCGUUGAAUUAUUGGAAUUAAAAUAAAUAAUAAUUAUAUUUAUAUUAAUAGAGAAAUAUGAAGUAAAAAAAAAAUUAUCAAUCGAUAAUUGUGUAUUAAAUUUGGGAUGAUAAUAAAGAAGAACUUAUGAAAGCCAUUUGGCAUUGGCAGGAGGUCAAAAGUCCGUCCUGGUUAUAUGCACCACGUCAAACGAAAGAAAAAAAUUUUUAAUAAAAUAUUAAUCUCAAUUUUAUACUCAAAGCAAGAAAGAAUAAAAAAAAAUUCAAAAUGUUGCCAACAAAUGUUAUGUCAUUUAUGAAAAAGAUGGUAACUACCCAACCAGAAACUGGAACAACAGAUCCAAUUGCAUCAGAAGAUACAGGCACGACAUUUAGCAAAUUGCGACAAUUAAUGACAAGUACUGGAAAUGUUGCCAAAGCAUCACCAAUUAAAAUCACACCAGUUGAAGACAUUAUUCCCAGGGAAGAACCAGUCGUUGAAAUAACGGGACCAGAACUAGGUAAACCAGUCAAUCGUGCUGAUUCAUGUCGUGUAUGUAGAAAAUCAUUUCGUCCAGAUGAUUUUUCACGUACAUGUUACGAGUGCCAAUUUAAAGUUUGUGAGGAUUGUGCUUCUUACUCAGAGACAAAAAAUGAUGACGAUCCAUCAACAUGGAGUUGUAGUGUUUGUCGUCGUCGACUAGCAUCACGAGGUCAACCAAUAAUAGCACAAGAAUCAACUGAUUCAAUGCUUGAAAUUCCACUUAUGGAAGCACUAACAAGAAGACACAGUGAAGCUAGAUUAAAUUGUCAGGGUACUGUACAAGCAGUUGGUCUUGGUAGUGCAUUAGCACCACCAAGAAGUCCAGAAGUACGUAGACAUUCAGAUGUAUCACCAGCAAGUCUCAAAGAACUUGAAAAGUUCCGAAAGGUUGCAGGAGAACGUCGCGAAGAACUUAGAUGGGAAAAGGAACUUGAAAGAAGAACAAGAUCCCGUGGUGGUUCACCAGAAAGACAUCAACAAUCAGAACGUGGUGGUAGAGCAUCAAGCCCACAACGAUCUUCAAAGAAUCAAUCAAAUGAUCAAGAAUGUGGUGAUAUUGGUGAGGAUGAAGAUGAAAGACGUCGACGUGCUGUAAGACGUGCAGCUGGUAGCACAAUAAGACGUAAAUCACGUGUUACAAAACAACAUUCAUAUGAUGAAGAAAGUACAACGGGUCUUGGAAGUGGUAUGGGUGGAUCUGGUGGUAAUGGAAGUGGUGGUGGUGGUUUGGGUCAAUCUGCACAUGGUGACAGUGGACUUGGAUUACCAGUUCAAUUGCCACGAAGAGCAUCAGCAUAUGAUGUUUAUGCAGCACCUGGUAUGACUGGUGGACUUAAUGCAAUGGCUAUUGCUGCUGCACAACAACGAGCUUCAAUAUCAAAUCAAGGAUCUAGAGAGCCUGAAGACAGGCCAGCUAGAAGACCGUCAUUUAGAGCAGUAAAACCAAUAAUGCCAUAUGAGAUGGCAAAUGACGAUGAAAAAAUAAUAAAUCUUGAUACAGCAACACAAGAACUUCCAGUGUCUUUGUCAGAUGAACCAAGACCAGCACCAAGACGACGAGCAUCAAUGUUGCCAGACAUAAACAUGAUACGAUCAUUACCAUCAGUACCAAUAUCAAUUAAAACAACACCAGCAGCUGUCUCGCGUGUUGCUGCACAAGAUGAUCGUGAAUUACCACGUCAAGGAAGCUUGGCAGAUGGUGAAGGAAUUAAAAUUGUCAUUCAUGAUGUUGACAGUGAUCAUGGUCCAAGAGUGAAUACAAAAAAAAGGGUUGUCUUGAGAAGGGAUCCACUACUGAUGGACAAAGGACAUAGAACUAGAGGAUUUGGUAUGAGAGUUGUCGGCGGAAAAACUGGCACAGAUGGACGGCUUUAUGCAUCGAUUGUUUGGACAGUACCAGGAGGACCAGCUGAAAUGGCUGGACUACAAAAGGGUGAUAAGGUUCUUGAAUGGUCUGGUGUAUCAUUGAUCGAUAGAAAUUUUGAGGAUGUUGCUCAAAUAAUUGAACACACUGGUGAUCUUGCUGAGCUUGUUGUCGAACCAGUUGGCAUUGGAGAUCAGCUGGAUGACAUGCCACCAUCAACUGGAAAAACAACUGGAAAUCUUGGUCUUCAAUUAGACUCGGAAACGGAUAAAACACCAACAUCACCAACACGCAGGAAACUGCCAAAGACGCCGGAACAAAUUGCCAAAGAACGACAAGUCACUGGUAGAGUACAAAUACAAGUUUGGUAUGAAAAUGACAGAAAAGAACUUGUUGUCUCUGUUCUUGCUGCUGAUGAAAUUUGUCUACGUGAUCCUGAUACUGGUUCACCACCAGAAGCAUUUGCUAAACUUGUUCUCUGUGGUGAACAAAAUUCAGUUCAAACGGAAGUUGCUGGACCAACUCAGAAUCCGAUUUGGAAUGCGAAUUUGACAUUUCCUGGUAUUGCUGGUGAUAAGCUCAUGGAUAAAACUAUCGAUUUGACCUUAUGGGAUUGUACACCAGAUGGUGAAAAUACAUUUCUUGGUGAAUGUGUUGUUGUAUUACAAAAUGCUUUUGAAACUGACCGAGCUGUUUGGUAUCGAUUAGAGGAUCCAAAAGGUUUGAGAUCUGGCAAAUCACCAUAUGCAUCACCAAGAGGUUCAUUGUCAACUGAAAUUGCCCAACGUUUAUUAAGACGUGAAAUACGUGAAAGAAGUUAUAGUGAUGAUACACCAAGUGAUAGUGGUAGUCCUGAGCCAUAUUUUUUACAUCCAGAUCAUGCAUGGCAAAUGAAUUCACGACGUGGAUCAUCACAAUCUGAACAACUUGAAGUUGAACCGUAUGAAUUAACAAAAGAUUACAGCAGAUCAUUACCAGGAAGUCGAAGAAGUAGUUUUCAAAGCCAAGGAGGAGGCACUGAUAGCAAACGUGGAAGUAUUGUUGAUAAUGAUAUGCCAGUUGUUUAUUACAAUCGUGAACGUCGAAGAAGUUCAGUUGCCAGAGUUGUUAGAGAUCCUGAAGAAGUAUUAAGAUCACUUAAAAAAGCAGCAGCUAAAGGAGAACUUAAUAGAACAUUGAGUCUAUCAAAUGAAAAAAGACGUGGCAGUCGGCGAGACGAGCGUAAGGACAGCCUAACUCGAAACGAAAGGAGAGACAGCAUAGGACAAACGAUGAUGACAUUUCCUGAAAAAGUUUACGAAAGAAAUAGUGAGUCUGAUGAGGAUGAAAAAAUAAGUCGAUCGACAAAGAAUGGCAAUGGCGUAGAUACAAAUCUUGGUCCAGGACAAGUGGCACCCCGAGGAUUCAAACUGAUUGGUGGAAUGCAAAAUGGUGAAGUCAAAUUGGCUGUAUUUUUGAGUAAAGGUACACUUGAAGUUGAGGUAAUAUCAGCAAGAGAUAUUUGUCCAGGUGAACGUGAAGAACCAGAUACAUAUGUAAAAACUUAUUUACGUGAUGGUGAACGUUGGGUGCAUAAACGUAAAACUCGUGUAAUACGUCAUUCAAGAAAUCCAGAAUAUCGUCAAACAUUAAAAUACAGUAGUUGUGAUGCACUUGGUCGUAAUUUAUUGGUAAUGUUGUGGGAAAAAAAACAAGGUUUUGGAAGUAAUCAAGGAUUGGGUGGUUGUGAAGUUGAACUUGAAUUAUUACCAUUAACAACAUUAUCCGUUGGUUGGUAUCCAUUAUUUCCAAUUCAUACACUUGGCACACAAAAUGCUGAUUCACCAUGAUGGUUAAGGGAAAAAUGGGCACUUGAAGCUGGUGAACUUGAUUUAAGACUUGGCUUAUUACUCAAGGAUGAAUCAGAAUCAGUUGUUAAAAUUAUAUCAUGAUUAAUUAAAUAAUUAAGUGACUAUUUUUAUUAUUAUUUAUAUUUUUUUCAUAUUAAAUUAUCAUUUUGUUUUAUUGGUUCUGUACUGUCUCAUUGACAAUAUCUAUAAACAUUUUUAAUGACAAUCAAAUAUUUUAAAAUAAAAUCAUUCGUUGGAUAUAUAAAAUAUACCUUGACAAUCAAUAGCGAGACUGUUUUACUUGAUCAAAUAGUAAAAAGCUUGCAUAUUUAAUUGAAAAUAUUAAAAAUUAAAAAAACAUAUUUAUAAAUGUUUCUAAAUUAGAUCAAAUUGAUGGAAAAAAAAAAAGUAAAAUAUGGUGUUAAAGAGCGAUAGUAUAUAAUAAGUAAAUUUAUUAUUUUAAAAAUGUCAAUGAUGUGGUACAGAAAGCUAAUUUUAAAUAAUUUUUCCGGCUUUGUUUAUAAUUAUUAAUUAAAUAUUUAAAAAAAAAAAACAUCUAAAUGAAAAAGUAUACUAAUGAUUGUUUUGAAAAGUAUAAUGAUAUUUAUUUUUUUUUAAUAUUAAAAGCAAAAAAUAACUUGAACUUUCUGAUGUAGUAGCUUAUCGAGCAAUAUGAAAAAUUAAAUAGUAAAUUCAGCAAUAAUUUUUCGGUACCUGCAGAUGCCUGCGUCGAAAUAAACGGGUAAAAAAUAUAAAUUAAAUAAAUUAAAAUGUAUAAUUUAUAAAAAAUUUAUUGUGAUUUAUGAGUUUUUUAAUAGUCACGUUAUUUUAAUUAUCAAGAGUCCAUUUUUCCCGAUGAUUAAAAAUGGUAUUAUUGCCAUUGAAAAAAAAAAUAAUAAUAAAAAAAAUAUAUUUAGGUAUAUGUUUGUAAAAAAUAUUGAGAUGAAUUGAGAUGAAUGAUUAUUGAGUGGUGCAUUGAAAAUGAUAAAAAAUGAGAGAAAAGGUAUAAAGUUUUUAGGUCGAAUGAUAUCUGAAUUUUAAUAUUUGUCAUCUGGUUCACUGGUUGAUCCAGGUCAAGGUUUAUUUGAGUCUAGUUGACACUGAAAGUCCUCAUAUAGUUUAAAAAUUGAACAAUGAAAAGACAAAGUUAAAAAAGAUAAUGAAGAAAAAUUAAUUAGUAAUCAAAAUUGUAAAUGCGCUCGUUAACGAAGAGUAUCCUCAAUCACUGACGAUGAAUUUUAAAAAAGUCUCUAAAUAUUCAUUUUACUUUCAAUUAAAUCGAAAAAAAAUUUUAAAUAAUAUUUACAAAAAAGAAAAUAAUAAA